UGCGUUCGUCGAGACAGGUGCUUCAGUUGCCAGUCUAUAAGAGCUAGCUUCCCAUCCCACUGUCAGUCGACAUAUCUUUAUCUGUUUGUGACUUCCUAUCCAUCCAGACCACACGCCAACACAUCGUGCCUACCUUGAUAGCACCCACACCAUCUUCAAUAUGCAUCUCAAACUGAGCCUCUCUCUCCUCACUGCCACCGCCUGGCUUGCCUCGGCAGGGCCCAUCUCUCCGCGACGGUUCGACAGCGGCAAAUGCAACAACGCUGACCUGGGUUGCAACGUCUUGACGAGCUCGGGGUCGCUCAACACCCCCAUCGAGACGGUCCCAAUCAACAUAGCCACCAUCGACGGGCACGACUACUACAUCACCGGCUCCGAGGCCGAACGCAUGCAGAUCAUGACCGACUUGCUAGAUCUGCCCGCAGAGGAAUUUGCGGCGAAAUGGGCCAGCAAGUACCGCGGGCCCACUACCGAUGACAUCUAGACGACCCCUUAGCGAGCGCUGCCAACAUCCUUACCUACUUUAGCCAACAACAACAACGCCUAAGCCUUGGUAUCUUUCGUUGGUGGCGUUGACGCUGUAAGGGAACUGGUGGUAGUGAAGAGCAGGGUGUAGGGUCCAGUCGAGGACAGGCUUGAUAUAUUCACACCACUUUCGGCGUGUUGAGUUGUGAUAGGUUACCAAGUUGGUGGUUUUGCUGUUGCGUGUUAGACCUGUAGCUGGGUAGUUUAUGAGAUGAAUGAAAGCAUACCUUUGGCUUCUUAGAAAACAUCAUCACCUAAUGUGCUCGAGUCUAAGAAGCUUGCGAUUCGGUUAAAGUUAGAAAGAGUUCAUGUACCAACGGUAUAUUCACUGUUGCUUACCUCUCAUCCAAUAACCGUCAUCGA